AUGUUUGCCCUUGCUGAAGGACAUUUCGGGGUGUUUAUUUAUUCCCUUGGUGUUGUAACGUUGCAUAUUGUUGCGAAUCUCGCCGUCUGGAAGACAACCAACGCUUUUCUCUCCUGGUCUGACCGUCAAGUCUAUCUUAGCCGAAUCUUCCGCCUCGUCAAUCUGACAGAUAUUGAGGAGGUUGGCGAUUCCAUCACGCGCUUGAUAACCCCAAAUGAACUGGAUAAAGCAUGGAAUAUGGUAUGGUAUGAAGAAGAUAGUGACCAGUGA